GGGAGGCCCUGCUGCGCGGCGCGAUGGGCCCGGUCCUUCUCAGCGCCGCCCAGGCUCAGGUCCCGCCGCAGCCGCCCGAGGGGUGGCCGCCCGUGAGCUCCGAGGAGGAGCUCUACGAUUGCCUGGAUUACUACUACCUGCGCGACUUCCCGGCCUCCGGGGCCGGGCGCAGCAAGGGUCGGACGCGGCGCGAGCGGGAACUCCGCACCAACUGGCCAGUGCCCGGCGGCCACGAGCGCAAGAUCGCGCAGAAGCUCCUCAACGGCCAGCGCAAGCGUCGCCAGCGCCAGCUGCAGCCCCGGCCGCGCGCUCGGCUCGUAUGAGCGCAGUUUUCUGCAGGAUACCCGAAGGCCCUGAUAAAAGUUUUUUCUCUGACUCCACCUGUAACUGUGGUCGUAAGGGGAGAAUCCACGGUGGUCAACAUAACUUCUUUUCGACAUCGCUUAAGUUUACCGCUUCGGUAUCUUUUCCUUACUGAUUGUUAAUUAAGUAACAUCCAAGUGUCCAAGUGGGUAUGCCUCUUUAGGGUUUUUAAUUAAAAGCAGUAAGA